AUGAAGUUCUCUAUCGUCUAUAUCUUCAUCCUUGCCCAGGAAGUCAUCGCCAUGCCCUGGUUCCGCACCAAGACAGAGACUGCCGGCGAUGAGAUUACUCUUGGCAUCAAAGUCUCGCAGGGGUCCUUCCAUCCCAGCGUCUUGCCUAAAAAGAAAGCCAAGGCUGCUGUUGGCCCGCGCGAAUGCUGGCCUGCUUGUUUCCAGGAGAGGAGUACUGUCUUGAUGGAUGGAUGUGAUGUCACUUCGGUCUACUAA